UCAUAUUUCCAAUCCGUUUUCAUGAAGACAACACCUAAUGUUUACGCUUAAAGGACAUGCGUUGCUAUGGCAUUCUGUUAGUUUACUUCAAGUAAAUAAUUAACUUGAUAUUUCGGAUAUUUCCGAUAUUUCGCAGUUCAAAUCCCCUUCCAUCACAAUUUUCCUUUUUAUAUCGCGUAUAUGAAGUCUGUUCGUUGCUUGUAAAUCCGACAUUAACAGCCAUGUCAAUUGUGAACAUCUAUCAUCACAACGAGAAUAUCUACAACGUAGAGAAGAAACCUCCGGAACGACCACCAAAGCCACCUCUCUAUCACUCACGCUUCGAGCACCAGGUUCGCCGGGAAACGAAAUUCUGCAAGGACUCUCACCGCACUAUGGGCUACGCUAAACUUCCCCAACCGAAACCGAACGAGUUUCUGAAAAAGAAUUGCGGGGUUCGCUAUCGGGCCACCAAAUCGGCCCCCGUUCGCCUUUGUGCAGACCACAAGCCACCGGUACCAAAAAUAGGAGAACUGACCCCUAACAACCAGCAGGUAAUGCGGCGCGUUGACUUCAAAGUUGAAAACAUAAAAAAAGUAGUCGCUGCCAGUCCGAAAAAAAUGCGCCCUCGGUACGCCGACACUCGUAAAGGUGACUUCCACGAUCUGGAAAAAUCUGGCCUAAUGCCGGUCUACAAGUGUCAACCCAAGUACGGCAAAGUACCCAAAUACCUUGAGCGGCGAAAGAAAGAUCUGGAAGUGCAAAAACAUCGCAUGGUCGAAACGAUGGCCGAACAAGUGCCAAACGGAUUCCUAGUCACGCAGGAGGAACGACUAGAAUUGCUAAAGGGGCUCAAGCAAAACUGGGAAAACCUACAGCGGGAAUACCAGAGUCUUCCACUGCUGAUAGAUACCGUUCCGAAAAUGAUACGCAAGGCUAAGCUUGAGAAGAAUCUUAAGGAGCUAGAGAAAGACAUUCUGCGCGUCGAAAGUUGUCCGUAUAUUUUUGUGCAGGACGAGGAGAAUGAAGCAGCCGGAACAAACUGAGAAGUAGACUAUAAUAUCUUUUGGAAGUGUUCUAUUUUGAUAAAAAAAAAAACAUUUUUAUGCAUUACUCCUUACUAAAUACUAGAUCUUUCUGCUCAAAUCACAGGUGUGACCGCGUGCUUUCUAUCUAGAGUAGUUGCUGAAACGUGCAAUAAAGUUUAUGAAACUA